AUGAAUCAAAACCGCUUAAGCGACCCAGUUUUAAAAAGUUCUGUGUCGGAUUAUUAUUAUAAUGACGAAAUAAAUUUUCGAGAUCUUCGACUAUCUGGCUCUAUGUCCAGAUCGUUAAAGGCAUUGAAUAAUUAUGUGAAAAAAAACAUUUUCUACGAUGAGAGUGAAGACCCGGAAAAUGACCACGAUAGUGAUUAUUAUUCUAAAGAAACAAGCCCGAACGAUUCGGUCUCUUUAGUGAAAAGUGACUCGGAAAGUGUUUUAAGUGAAGUGUCCAGUUUAAAAGAUAAAACAAGUAACAUCCCUCAUACAACAGAGGACUCUCAUUCCAAAACAUAUAACGAUCCCACAACUUUAACCGAUGAUUAUAAAUUCAAUAAGCUGAUUGAAAACGCUUCAAAAACUGAACCACCUCUUGUGAUAGACAAUUCAAAUCAUAUAAAUAAUGACAAAGAACUAAAACAACCUCCCGUGCCUAGUACGCGGCAUUCAAUAUCAACUCCUCUCAUAGAAGAAUUUGAGGCGAAAGAAAUAGAUGUUGACCUUGAAAAAGUUACACUAAGGACAAAAAAUAUAUCAAGAGAUAAUCGACACACUGUUCACGAUGUAUCUGAAUGGGUUAAUAGGACUGAUAUUUACCCGGAUGUUUACGCGCCGCUGCCGUAUAAAUCUCCUAACCGGCGUUACAUUGAGAGCGACGUGAACAUCCAUUAUCGUUGUCCGGUCAGACACGACCCACUGCCGCUGGUCCCAGAACGAGAGCUGGCGAGGCAGCAGGCCGAUCAUAUGAAGAGGCUGUACAGAGAGCAGCGCAGAAAUAAAUACCUACAGGAAAACUCGAUACAUCCACUCGACAUAGAAGCAUUCGAUGCUUCUAUCAAGGAGCUACAAGAUAUGCAAAAUAGGCGUCAUCAAGACAACUUUAUGCCUUCACAAAAAACUAUAGUACCACUAAAUAGAUACGACGAAGCAGAAAGGAUAGUCGCUAAGGCGCUCUAUACGUUUAAUGGUCAGACCUCGAGAGAAUUGAGUUUCAGGAAAGGAGAUAUUAUAAAUGUUAGGCGACAGAUCGAUUCUAAUUGGUACGAAGGAGAGGUGCACGGAAAAGUCGGAUUAUUCCCGUACAAUUACGUAGAAUUAAUGAAAGGGGAUGGAGUACAGACUUUGAAGAAGACGGCGAUAGUCGAGGGUCGAGCCAAAGCUAAGUUCGAUUUCACUGCCCAGACCAAUUUAGAGCUGCCUCUGAAGAAAGGGGAGGUCGUGGUGUUGACGAGACGAAUCGAUCAUAACUGGUGGGAAGGAAGAACUGGCAAUAAGACCGGUAUCUUCCCUGACAGCUACGUCACCAUACUACAGGAACCGAGUCAAAGUAGGCAGGAGCCUGAGAAGCCGGCCGGUACACCAGCAGCCCACGGCCUCAUGAACGGUGACCGGCCCACCUCUCACCGAUACACUCCUCAACAUAACAGCCCCGCGCUCUCUAACGCUCCUCCAGCCACCGCGCCGCUACCGUCACAAGGCUACAUUCGCAAGUCUUCAUCUACCCGCAGCGCUGAUCUUAACAACACCGAGCCACUUUACGUUGACACCAACGCCGAAGCUGUUCCUUACCGCGCCAUGUACAAGUACCGUCCCCAAAACCCUGAUGAGUUGGAAUUAAUGGAAGGAGAGACGGUGUACGUGCUUGAGAAGUGUGAUGAUGGAUGGUACGUGGGCUCCAGUCAAAGGACCGGACGAUUCGGGACCUUCCCUGGUGAGUACUCAAUAAUGAUAGACACUUAUAGUUCUUCUUCCUGUCAAUUUCCCAGCUUUAGCCAGGGUCUGCCAAAGGAACUUUUACUUAUUUUAUUAGAAAGAUGCCAAAGAGAUGGCUUACUUGAUGGGCAGCAACUACGUAGAGCGUAUAUGAUAGCGCCAGACUUUGCUGCGGCGCCUGCGACGAGCGGCGCUCUGCACGCGACGCACACGAUGAAGCUCUAUCCCGCUUUCACGACGAACGACAGAGCGAGAUAG